CGGUUUCAAUGUAAUCUUGGACGGGUUGGACGGAUGGGAUAGGCUGGCUUUUCUUUGGGAACCCUACUCAAACAUUAGAAAUCAACUAACUUCUUCGGUUAUUCCCGCCACACUAAAAAAAAUGCAUUUGCGCGGUAUGUCUAACAUAUCUAACUAUUUUUGCUCCCUUCUGAAGCUCUCCUGCGAGGCACAAAGCCAUGCUCAAGUGAAGAAGCUCCAUUGCCGGAUAAUCAAAACCAUCCCGAGCAUUGAGACAUUCUUGCUGAACAACCUCAUUAAUGCGUACAGCAAGCUCGAACACCACUUGUACGCGCGCCACGUGUUCGAUCAAAUUCUCAGACCCAACCAGUUCUCGUGGAAUACCAUUCUCUCAACUUACUCCAAAUCUGGGAACUUUCACAAAAUGGAGGAGGUAUUUCACUUGAUCCCGAGGAAAGAUGGAGUUUCUUGGAAUUUGAUGAUUUCGGGUUAUGCCUCUCAUGGGUCUGCUGGUGAAGCUGUAAGGGCAUACAAAUUGAUGUUGAGGGACGGGAUGAAGAAUUUGAACAGAAUCACGUUUUCAACCAUGCUUAUAUUGUCUCUGAGCAAUGAUUGGACCCUGUUGGGCAGGCAAAUUCACGGACAGAUAGUGAAGUGUGGGUUUGAGCUGUAUGUUUUUGUGGGAAGUCCUUUGACGGACAUGUAUGCAAAAUCUGGCUUAAUCUGUGAGGCGAAACAGGUUUUUGAUGAGUUGCCCGAAAAGAAUUUGGUUCUGUCUAACACAAUGAUUAUGGGGUUUUUGAGGUGUGGGAUGGUUAAAGAGGCAGAAAGGUUGUUCAUGUGUUUGCUAGAGAGGGAUUCUAUAACAUGGACAACAAUGAUUACCGGCCUAACACAUAAUGGUCUUGAUAUAAGAGCUUUAGAAUUUUUCAGAGAAAUGAAACGGCAAAAAUUUACUAUAGAUCAGUUUACUUUUGGGAGCACAUUGACUGCUUGUGGAAGUAUGAUGGCCUUGAAAGAAGGUAAACAGAUUCAUGCUUAUGCAAUAAGAUGGUAUCACAUGGAUAACAUUUUUGUGGCUAGUGCACUUGUUGAUAUGUAUUCCAAGUGCCAAAGCAUCAAGUACGCAGAAAAUGUCUUUAGAAGGAUGAAGAUGAAAAAUAUUGUUUCUUGGACAGCAAUGGUAGUUGGUUAUGGACAAAAUGGACACAGUGAACAAGCCGUUCAAACCUAUAGUGAGAUGCAAAAGAAUAUGGUUAAGGCAGAUGAAUUUACCUUAGGAAGUGUCGUUAGUUCGUGUGCAAACCUGGCAAGCUCGGAAGAAGGUGCACAGUUUCACUGUCAAGCAUUAGUUUCAGGUUUGAUUUCCUUCAUCACGGUUUCCAAUGCACUUGUGACCCUAUAUGGUAAGUGUGGGAGCAUAGACGAGUCCCAUAAAUUGUUCUGUGAGAUAGAAAUUAAGGAUGAGGUCACUUGGACUGCAUUGGUUUCUGGGUAUGCCCAAUUUGGAAAAGCAGACGAAACAAUUGACCUUUUUGAGAAAAUGCUCAAGCAACGCCUUCAACCAGACGAAAUAACUUUUGUUGGGGUUCUUGCUGCUUGCAGUCGGGGAGGACUUGUAGAUAAAGGGAAGUAUUAUUUUGAUUCAAUGGUACGAGAUCAUAAAGUUAUGCCUAACCUUGAUCACUAUACUUGCAUGAUUGAUCUACUAAGCCGAUCUGGACAGUUGGACGAAGCGAAACACUUUAUACAAAGUAUGCCCUGUCAGCCUGAUGCAAUUGGUUGGGCAACUCUGCUAAGCUCGUGUAGAACUCGUGGUAAUAUGGAAAUUGGGAAAUGGGCAGCGGAAUCUCUUUUACAUACAGAUCCGCAAAAUCCAGCCAGCUAUGUCUUGCUUAUAAGCUUGCAUGCUGCUAGAGGAGACUGGGAUGAAGUGGCUUUGUUAAGGAAGGCGAUGAGAGAUAGAGGUGUGAAAAAGGAACCUGGAUUUAGUUGGAUCAAAUAUAAGAACAAAUUGCAUGUUUUCUCAGCUGAUGAUAAGUCGAGUCCAUAUUCAGAUAAGAUAUAUGUAGAGCUUGAGUCAUUGUAUCAUAAAAUGGUAGACGGUGGGUACAUUCCUGAUGUGAGCUCCGUCCAGCAUAACGUUGAGGAGUCUGAGAAGGUUAAAAUGCUAAACCACCACAGUGAGAAGCUUGCAAUUGCUUUUGGUUUGUUGUUUGUUCCUCCCAAGCUCCCCAUAAAGGUGGUUAAAAAUCUCAGAGUAUGUGUGGAUUGCCACAAUGCAACUAAAAUAAUUUCCAGGAUCACUGGAAGAGAAAUUUUAGUAAGAGAUUCUGUUAGGUUUCAUUUGUUUAAAGAUGGAAAAUGCUCUUGUGGUGAUUUCUGGUGAUAUGUUUUCCUCUCUGGUUUGGCUCAAUGACAUCCCAUUGGUGUCAUUUGCGUUUAGAUGGAGCUGUGAAUCCUUCUUGACAUGGUUAGGGAUUCGGUUAAGCUUUGGGCAUGUUUUUGUGCCGCUGCAAGAGAUGUUGAGUAGACAUCAAAUCUUCAAAUUAAAUCUAAGCUAAUGAAGACAGUUGGUGGACUGGUUGUCAUUUUAACAAUUGAACAACAUAUGCAGAAGUUCUUCUUCUUCAGGUCAUAUCGAAUGGACGCAGGCUGGUAUUAUUUGUUCGAGGGAUUAUUGAGAUACUGGGGAUCUUUUGGAACUAAAGCUUGGAUGUUGUUGU